AGAGAAGGCCCAGUUCUUUAGUGGGACAAUGGAGAUGCGCCUUCCCAUUCUCCCCAUUCUCUCCAGUGUCCCCAUUCUCGCCAUUCUCCUCCCAUCUUCAGCCUUUGUCUGCGAGUCUGAUGGGUGAGAUGGAACCUGAAAGAAAUUUUGUUUUGGGCGAGACUUAUAAAUUCUUUGAUCCAGUUCAUCUUCCCAAAAAAUAUUCUCCAGACGAUGGUGCACAACAGAGAGAUGCUGUUGAGGCUGCUGGGACUCCUCAUCCUGGCCUCCCUCUGCUCAGCCAGUUUGCAACCAACACCCACCAAUCAUGACAUCAACAGCACCACAGAGAUGAAGGAAAUGCCCACCGAGAACCCCACCGUCAACAGCACCGCAAAGAUGAUGAAGGAAAUGUCCACUGACUCUCCUGCCGCCAUCAGCACUGGAAAGAUGAUGAAGGAAAUGCCCAUCGGCACCACAAAGAUGAUGAAGGAAACGUCCACUGAGUCCCCUGCCGCCAUCAGUACCACAAAGAUGAUGAAGGAAAUGUCCACUGACUCUCCCGCCGUCAUCAGCACCACAAAGAUGAUGAAGGAAAUGCCCAUCAGCACCACAAAGAUGAUGAAGGAAAUGUUCACUGAGUCCCCUGCCGCCAUCAGUACCGCAAAGAUGAUGAAGGAAAUGCCCAUCAGCAAUGAAAAGAUGAUGAAGGAAAUGUCCACUGACUCUCCCGCCGCCAUCAGCACCACAAAGAUGACGAAGGAAAUGCCCAUCAGCACUACAAAGAUGAUGAAGGAAAUGCCCAUCACCACCGCAAAAAUGAUGAAGGAAAUGCCCAUCAGCACCAUGAAGAUGAUGAAGGAAAUGUCCACUGACUCUCCCGCCGCCAUCAGCAGCACAAAGAUGAUGAAGGAAAUGCCAAUCGACACUACCAAGAUGAUGAAGGAAAUGUCCACUGACUCCCCUGCUGCCAUCAGCACCACAAAAAUGAUGAAGGAAAUGCCCAUCAGCACUACAAAGAUGAUGAAGGAAAUGCCCAUCAGUACCACAAAGAUGAUGAAGGAAAUGCCCAUCAGUACCACAAAGAUGAUGAAGGAAAUGUCCACUGAGUCCCCUGCCGCCAUCAGCACCACAAAAAUGAUGAAGGAAAUGCCCAUCAGCACUACAAAGAUGAUGAAGGAAAUGCCCAUCACCACCGCAAAAAUGAUGAAGAAAAUGCCCAUCAGCACCACAGAGAUGAUGAAGGAAAUGCCCAUCAGUACCACAGAGAUGAUGAAGGAAAUGCCCAUCAGCACUACAAAGAUGAUGAAGGAAAUGCCCAUCAGUACCACAAAGAUGAUGAAGGAAAUGCCCAUCAGUACCACAAAGAUGAUGAAGGAAAUGUCCACUGGGUCCCCUGCCGCCAUCAGCACCACAAAAAUGAUGAAGGAAAUGCCCAUCACCACCGCAAAAAUGAUGAAGGAAAUGUCCAUCAGCACCACAGAGAUGAUGAAGGAAAUGCCCAUCAGUACCACAGAGAUGAUGAAGGAAAUGCCCAUCAGUACCACAGAGAUGAUGAAGGAAAUGCCCAUCACUACCACAGAGAUGAUGAAGGAAAUGCCCAUCAGUACCACAAAGAUGAUGAAGGAAAUGCCCAUCAGCACUACAAAGAUGAUGAAGGAAAUGUCCACUGGGUCCCCUGCCGCCAUCAGCACCACAAAAAUGAUGAAGGAAAUGCCCAUCAGCACUACAAAGAUGAUGAAGGAAAUGCCCAUCACCACCGCAAAAAUGAUGAAGGAAAUGCCCAUCAGCACCAUGAAGAUGAUGAAGGAAAUGUCCAAUGACUCCCCCGCCACAAUCAGCACCACAAAGAUGAUGAAGGGAAUGUCCACUGAGUCCCCCACAACCAUCAGCACUACCCAGAUGAUGAAGGAAAUGUCCACUGAGUCCCCCACAACCAUCAGCACUACCCAGAUGAUGAAGGAAAUGCCCAUCAGCACCACAAAAAUGAUGAUGGAAAUGUCCAAUGACUCCCCCACAACCAUCAGCACCACAAAGAUGAUGAAGGAAAUGUCCACAGAGUCCCCCACCACCGUCAGCACCGCCCAGAUGAUGAAGGAAAUGUCCACUGAGUCCCCCACCACUGUCAGCACUACCCAGAUGAUGAAGGAAAUGCCCACUGUCAUGCAGUUUCCCGGAAGGAACCCUUGGCAUCGCAGCAUCAACAUUACUGGCAACUCAGCUGGCCAGAUAUUCCCUCUGCCCAUCAUCGAUUGUGAAAAACUUUGGAACUCACCAGUAACAGCAGCGCAAAUUCCAUCUUCCUGCAUCUGUUCAUACUGUAAAAACAAAGUGGGGCCCAAAGGAGACCGUGGAGACCGGGGCCUCCCAGGUCUGUAG